AUGGCCAUUGACUUUCCUGUACCCCACGCAGAUAAAAUAAAGUGGAAAUCAGACUCCCCUGUCUGGGUAGAUCAAUGGCCUUUAAAUCAAGAAAAACUCACAGCAGCUACUAAGUUAGUACAGGAACAAUUAGCUGCUGGACACUUAGAACCCACCAUCUCUCCUUGGAACACUCCUAUAUUUGUAAUUAAAAAGAAAUCAGGAGAAUGGAGGCUCCUCCAAGACCUCAGAGAAAUUAACAAAACCAUGUUGUCAAUGGGGGCCCUUCAACCCGGCCUCCCCUCUCCCAUAGCCAUCCCAGCUAAUUAUUUUAAGAUCAUCCUUGAUCUUAAAGAUUGUUUCUUUACUAUCCCUCUCCAUCCCCAAGAUAGAGAACGCUUUGUGUUUAGUAUUCCUGUCACCAAUUUCAAAGGGCCAACGCAUCGCUACCAGUGGAAAGUCCUCCCUCAAGGCAAAAGCACUUGCUGGCCACCACAAGCACCUAUUCAUACAUUUGAUGGUGGUGGACCAACAGAUAGGAUAAGAGAAGCCCAAGUCAAAGAAAAAAUUGAAGAUCUUAUUAAAGCAAUAUACCCCCCUCUAGAGUACCACCCUUUAGCCUUGCCCAAGUCUCGUGGCAUAGAUCUUGACACCCAAACUGCUGAUAUUCUAGAAGCCACUCAUAAUGCACUGAACAUCACCAAUCCCAGUCUCGCUGAAAACUGCUGGCUAUGCAUGACCCUUGGUACGCCUAUGCCCCUUGCAAUUCCCACUAAUGCUACCAACAACCUGACAGAACAGAAUUGUACUCUCAACUCACCCUUUAGAGUGCAACCUGUAGGAUUUAACAUAUCCCUAUGCAUACAAAAGCAGCCGCAGAAUAACAGUUAUAAUAUAAAUGUAGGGUUUGCCUCUUUCAUAACUUGCUCCCAAGUUUUUAAAUAAACCUCAUCCAUUUGCCCCCCCAAUGGACAAGUUUUUCUCUGUGGAGGAAACCUGACCUUCACUGCCUUGCCCACAAAUUGGACAGGGUUAUGCGUACAAGCCAGCAUCCUCCCAGAUAUUGAUAUCAUCCCAGGAGAAGAACCUGUCCCUAUACCCAGCUUUGAAUUUAUAGCAGGACACCCACGCUCUAAAAGAACCAUCCAGUUCAUCCCACUUUUAGUUGGCCUUGGAAUUUCCACUGCGGUAGCUACUGGAACAGCAGGAGCAGGAAUAGCCAUACAUUCCUAUCAUAAAUUAUCCAAUCAAUUAAUUAAUGAUGUUGAUGCCCUCUCUAGAACGAUUACUGACCUCCAAGACCAAAUAGACUCUCUAGCAGAAGUAGUUUUACAAAACCGUAGAGGCCUAGACCUCCUUACGGCAGAGCAGGGAGGUAUCUGUUUAGCUUUACAGGAGAAAUGCUGCUUCUAUGCUAACAAGUCAGGCAUCAUUCGGGACAAGAUAAAGACCCUCCAAGACGACCUCGAGAAAAGAAGAAAAGAGUUGUGUGACAAUCCCCUUUGGACUGGAUUGAAUGGACUUCUCCCUUACCUUCUCCCCAUUUUAGGCCCGCUCCUAGGAUUGCUAUUAAUACUAUCUUUCGGUCCUUGGGCUUUUAAGAGACUCACAACAUUAAUCAAACAGCAAAUAGACUCCCUUAUAGCAAAGCCUAUCCAAGUCCAUUAUCACCGCCUUGCCUUGCCUGACCAAGGCGUGGAUCUUUACACAGAGCCUUAUACCCGAAGAGACCCGACAGUAACCAGAGAUUACACCUGA